GGUAUCUAUCGAACGAUAAGCUUCACCCCCAAAGUAACCACGUGCACUUGAAGUCAUUAUGGGUCACAUCUGGUCAGCCUACAUUCGCGAGACUUAUCCUCCGUCAACAAAGUUUCACGCAUCUGAUGUCCCAGACAUGUCCGGAAAGGUUGUUCUCGUCACCGGUGCUAAUUCAGGGAUAGGCAAAGAGACCGCCAGAGUCCUCCUCACAAAAAAUGCCAAGGUUUACGUUGCUUGUCGCGACAAGGCCAAGGGUGAAAACGCUAUUCGCGACCUAAAAGAGAGCACCGGAAAAGAAGCGUGUUUCUUGCAACUCAACUUGGCAAACUUGAAGUCCAUCAAGGCUUCUGGAGAAGAGCUUUUGCAUGGGGUAAUGGCUCCUCCUAUAGAGAUGUUGACGGACGACGGUUAUGACCUGCAAUUUGGCACAAAUGUCCUUGGUCACUUCUACUUCACGAACAUUGUUAUGCCUGCACUUCUGCUGAUGGAACUGCACGCAUUUCUAGACUACAACACGUUCAAGGACUCUCCCGCAAUGAAACAUAAGACCGUCAAGAAUCUCUAUGGCCAAAGCAAAAUGGGCAACAUUUUAUUUGCAGCUGAGGUAGCUAAACGAUAUGGCAACCGAGGUAUAGUCUCAACAGCACUCAACCCUGGUGGUAUCAAGACAGAGCUUGGCCGUUAUGAUGACUCCUUUUCCAAAAUGAUAUCCAGCAUAAUCUUCCAUGAUGUAUCACUUGGCGCGCUCACGCAGUUAUAUGCUGGAACCACUGCGGAAGGAGCGAAUCUUAAUGGAAAGUAUCUUGUUCCAUGGGCGCACGCGCAGGACCCACAGCAGGCUUCAGAGCUGUGGAACUGGCUUGAGGACCAAGUCAAGGACCUUUAGGCUCGAUCGAUUCUCAGGCUGAAUAUGUCACUACUAUACGGUCGUAUGAUUGCCUUCCACGUUUUAACAAAAAACCUGUGGGUAUAUUGGUUUAUCCGCUCGAUCUUGAGUCGAGUGUUCCAUUUCAUCACGAAUGAAUUUCUCGCUCUCGAGGAAGAGCUCAAUGCCAACUUGUUGGUGAAAAGGAGAAAGCUUUGGCGCACG